GAUGAACGGAGGAUCAUUGGGUUUGUGGACGUAAUGGAAGAACACCACGAGUUUUUCCAAUUGUCCUGCGUUAAUCUGUGUUGAUCUCGUACAUUCGAGCUUGAUGUACCCUUGUCUUGUGCAACAAGUGUAAUGAUUUCUCUGAACCGAGAACUGCGCACGUUAACUUACCUGGAGAUAGCUUACUGGGGAGGAGUAAGCGUGUUUUCACUACACUGCGCUACUUGUUACUUUUUUACCCUCACUUGUAACUUGCUUUUGUUCGGUUCCGCCGCAUCGAUACGUGUCGUCGGGCAUCUGGGAGUCGGGUUACACGAGAUGUCGAGCACCGACCAUCGGGAAGGAUAUUUGGGACACGAUGGCGGAGGAGACCGUCGACCGCAACGAGGACCUACGUGCUUCAACUGUGGAGAGGUCGGACAUUACGCGAAUCAGUGUCCGAACCGGAGACGAUAUCUUGGUCCGGCUAGACCUUCUACGUCAACGGACUCAAGGCGAUCAAGAUCGCCCAGGCGUUACGAACCGAGACGGGAACAACAUGUUCCGCAACUGGAUCCGGGCAGUAAAGCUCAAAUUGCGAAACUAGCUUGGAGCCUUGCUACAAUGAAGGAGCAUUUUGAUGAGGAAAUUUCGAACAAGAAGGAGAAAGAGCGAAAGAAGCGGGAGCGUGAAGAGGCUAAGCAGCGCAAAGAGGAGGAGAAGCGAAGGGAAGAGGAAAAGAAGGCUAGACUGGAGCGCAAAGCCAACAAGAAGAAGGAGAAGCAGCGCCUGGAGGAAUCACGGCGUGCGGAGAUGAAGAAGGACUUGAACAUACACAUGGCGAUCAGGCUUAGUGAGAUGGAGGAUCGUUUUGUGGACCGGGUGAGACAAGCAGUUGAUGCGGUCAACAUGCUUCAGAAGGAGAAAGGCAAGCUACCUGUUACCCUUGAAUCUGGCGAGGAAUCGGCAUCUGACUACAAAAACCGCAAGGAAGACCGUCAAGUCGUCGGGAUCCUCCAAAAGGAAGACGUCGGUCAAGACUCCGCCAAGGGUACGACAACAGUGAGUCGUAAGACGCCACCAGAAGCUCUGACCCCAACUUCCGAGGGAUCGCUGGCCCGAUUAUGCUAUCGGAAUUUUGUCAUGAUGGAACUGAAGAGCCUGGAUGCUACGGAGCUACAGAAGAUUUGCAGGGAGGAAGGUAUCGCGUACGACAAGAAGAUCGACGCGAUCUUUGAUAUCGUCGACCACCGUGCUGCAAUUAAGUACGGACAUGGAGAUGUUGUUGCUACUGAGGUGAUUCGCAUCACCGAGUCUGGCGAUUCAGGAGAAACAGGUGAGACUGCGGAAGCUGCUAAGGACACGAAACCGUGAUGUGACCUAAGUGUGCCUCAACUUUGGUCACUAUGCAGAUAGUUUUUUGGUAGACUCGGACAGGGUAGACGCACUUGGGAUUUGGCCUAAUUUUAGGCUUGCUAUUUGGACCGGGUAGAACCCGGGACCCUUUCUGCGAUUGGGACGAGACCGACGGGUACUACCCACUCCGUAAACUACCUGAUGAUUUUGGCGCGAACUGUGUGCUGCAGUACUAUAAUAGGAUUGACGUACGAUUGAUUUUUCCUCUUGGUGGUGAUGUUCGGCGGCGUCCACGGAUGUGGUCGACGUUGCGGGAUGACGGGAUGAACGGAGGAUCAUUAGGUUUGUGGACGUAAUGAAAGAACACCACGAGU